AUGGUAAGUUUAAGAACGCCAAAAGGAACAGUGGACUUAAAUCCCCAGCAAUCACUUACUCUUGAGGAAAUCGUUAGGAAAGUAAAGAGCAUCUUUGAAUCUCACAAUGGUGUUCCAAUUAACACACCUACUUUUGAGCUCAGAGAAAUUCUAAUGAACAAGUACGGAGAAGACGCUAAGCUAAUCUACAACUUGGAAGACCAAGGUGGGGAUAUAUGCUCAUUGAGGUAUGACCUGACUGUUCCAUUCUCCCGUUAUCUUUGCAUGAAUAGGAUUCAGAAGAUACGUAGAUACCAAAUUGCAAAUGUCUUUAGGAGAGACAAUCCAUCUUUCAAGACAGGAAGACUCAGAGAGUUUAUACAAGCUGAUUUUGACAUUUGUGGGUCAGCAUUACCAAUGGUAAAUGAUGCUGAAAUUUUAAGAAUGAUUUAUGACAUUUUGAUUGCUUUCAGCCUUCCGUACGCCUUUACAAUCAAGAUUAACGAUAAGAGAAUACUAACAGGCCUAUUAAAAGUAUGCAAGGUGCCAGAGGAUCUACAACAGACUGCAUGUUCAACAAUAGACAAAGUGGGAAAACUCACUACUGAAGAGAUUAACAAUGAGCUAAUAACCAAAGGGCUUAGUGAAAGAUCAGUGAGCGGAAUCAAUAGAUUGAUAUUGAAUAAUGAGAAUAAAACAGAUUUGGAAACCAUUCUAAAUCUUAAGGAAAUUAUUAAGACAUCCAAGCUUGCCGAUACUAUGUCUUCAUCUUUGAGUUUGAAAAACAGUAGCGAUGAGUCCAUUUUAGACUUAACGGAGUUUGAAAAGGGUGUGGAUGACGUUGAAAUGCUUUUAAAAUACUUGGAUAUUUACAAGGUUAAGAAUAUAAAACUUGACCUUAGUCUUGCAAGGGGCCUUGAUUAUUACACAGGGUUGAUUGUUGAGGCUGUCUACGAAGGUGUCGAUGUUGGAUCUGUUGUUGGUGGUGGAAGAUACGACAAUCUGUGUGCUUCUCUCUCCAGCAAUACACUUAAUGUGCCUUGUGUCGGGUUUUCGGUAGGUGUAAUGCGUAUAUUCGCACUUUACCCUCCCAUAACACCGGAGUGGGAUGUAUUUGUAGGCUCAGGCUAUGGUUUGAAUUUAGAAGAUAGGAUGGACAUCUUAAAUCGAAUAUGGGCACUUGGAUUGAGAGCAGAGACCUUUACAAGUAAAAGAGUAAACUACAUGGAGCAGGUAGAGUAUGCCAAGAAGAACAAUUUUAGUGUUGGGGUGUUCACUGGUGACAAUGAAAUAUCAAAAGGGAGUGUAUAG